UUUAAAACUUGCGUACCGCGAUUUGGUCAAGUAGACACUUCUUUUUUGCGCCAUCUAUCCAUCGGUAUUUAAGGUUAUAUGAAAACAACCUGAAAUGAGGUUGAAGUUUGAAACAGAAAAUUAGAGGAAAACAGAUUUUCCGGGGAGCUUUUGAAGUGAAAAUCCAGAAGGAGGAGCCUCGAGCUUCGCAGGUUUUCAGAGGUCGUGUUGGGUCGAGCAAAUCGAGAUCAUACGAUGGUGUGCGCUAGCUGUCAUUUAUAUUGUAUUUUAUAGACUCGUUUCUAACAAAUUGCAUCUCCCUAUGUAGGUUUUAAAGUGAAUAGUUGUGUGGUGUGGUGGUUAAAAAAGUUCCUCGAAGGAGAGGUAUUGAAAGCUCGUGUCGUGUGCCAUGUUCACGGGGACUAUUCGUAUAAAAGUAUGCGAGGCCCAGAGCCUGAGACCGACGGACUGUUCGAUGCGUUAUACUUUCGGGAAACCCGAUGAACAACUUCUGGACCCUUAUGUUACGAUUGCCGUGGAUGACAUCCAUGUGGCUCAAUCCACAUCCAAACAGAAAACUUGUGAUCCCGUUUGGAAUGAGUACUUUGAGCACCAGGUUGAGAACGCUAAGACGCUGACCCUGACGGUGUUCCAUGACGCUGCGAUUCCACCUGACGUCUUCGUCGCGAACGUCUCGAUCCUUUUUGAAGAUCUGCUAAAUAGGGAAAGAGAUGAAUCUGAUUUUUGGGUUGAUUUAGAACCCAAAGGCCGACUGCACAUUAGAAUAGAUCUUAGGAGGACAUCGAAAGAAUAUGGAGGAAAACCAAGGGAGUUCAAAGAACGCCAAGGCUUCAACAGAAGACGAGGCGCGAUGCGAAGAAGAGUCCAUCAAGUUAACGGUCAUAAGUUUAUGGCCACAUUUCUGCGACAACCCACAUUCUGUUCACAUUGUCGAGAUUUUAUAUGGGGUUUGGGCAAGCAAGGCUAUCAAUGUCAAGUUUGCACAUGCGUUGUUCACAAGCGAUGUCAUCAUACAGUUGUUACAAAAUGUCCUGGGAUGCAGGAUGAGUCGAGUAGUCAACACCAAAGCACCGGAUUCAAUGUAAAUGUACCACAUCGGUUUGUAGUGCACAGCUACAAACGUUUUACAUUCUGUGAUCAUUGUGGAUCACUCUUAUAUGGACUGAUUAGACAAGGACUUCAGUGCGAAGCUUGUUCGUUAAACGUACACAAGCGGUGUCAGAAGAAUGUGGCGAACAAUUGCGGAAUCAACACUAAACAGAUGGCCGAGAUUCUUACGCAAAUUGGCGUUUCACCGGACAAACAAACUCCACGUCGAAGUAAACUCCUCACCGGUUCUGGUGGAAAUGGCGGUCAACAAGAAGGAUUCCUGGAGAAUUCGACAGCGGUUAGCGACUCCACGGCAGAGGAGUUGUCGAAAGCUUUGGAAGAAAAAUUAACCAACAGUGAGGAUGGAGGAGCUGGUAAAAAAACAAUUGGUCUAAACGAUUUCCACUUUAUGAAAGUUCUCGGGAAAGGAAGUUUUGGCAAAGUCAUGUUAGCAGAGAAGAAGAACACAGAAGAAGUGUACGCCGUAAAAGUAUUGAAGAAAGACGUCAUCAUUCAAGACGACGACGUCGAUUGUACCAUGACGGAAAAACGAAUAUUAGCUCUGGCCGCAAAUCAUCCUUUCCUGACUGCUCUACAUUCGUGUUUCCAGACCAAGGACAGAUUAUUCUUCGUCAUGGAAUACGUCAACGGAGGAGAUUUGAUGUUUCAGAUACAACGUGCCAAAAAAUUCGAUGAACCACGUGCGAGAUUUUACGCUGCCGAAGUGACGUUAGCGUUGCAAUUUCUACACAAACAUGGCGUCAUAUAUAGGGAUCUCAAACUGGAUAACAUAUUACUGGACGCCGAAGGACAUUGUAAGUUGGCAGACUUCGGUAUGUGUAAAGAAGGAAUUCAAGAAGGAAAAACCACGUCCACUUUUUGUGGUACUCCUGAUUAUAUUGCUCCAGAAAUUUUACAGGAAUUGGAAUAUGCCGCAAGUGUGGACUGGUGGGCCUUAGGAGUCCUCAUGUAUGAAAUGAUGGCGGGUCAACCACCAUUCGAAGCUGAUAAUGAAGAUGAUCUCUUUGAAUCCAUAUUACACGAUGAUGUCCUAUAUCCAGUAUGGUUAAGUAAAGAUGCGGUCAGUAUAUUAAAAGGUUUUAUGACAAAAAAUCCAAGUCGGAGACUAGGAUGUGUCGUCGCACACGGUGGUGAAGCAGCCAUUCAGGCACACCCAUUCUUCAAAGAAAUCGAUUGGACUGCAUUGGAAUCAAGACGAGUAAAGCCUCCGUUCAGGCCAAGAAUUAAAAGUAGAAGAGACGUUACUAAUUUCGACGCUGAAUUUACCAGAGAAGAGCCCGUCUUGACUCCAGUCAGUAACGAAGUACUACAAUCCAUCAACCAAGAGGAGUUCCAAGGUUUUUCGAUGGUUAAUGGGGAUUUUAAUCCAUCGCGAUUUAUAGCCGAGUAGACCUCGUGUAUUUGAAGGAAUGUCAAAUGUUGGAAAUUAAUCCUGUCCUGAUGUUCGCGUGCCCGCAAAAUAUCUAAAGAAUGACCGUUUGUUUAUCGAUUAUUCCGGUAUAUUAUAACAAGAAAUCGGAAGUACAUGAAGUUUAGAUAUGAGUUUUACUUUUGUAAAGUAUCGACAUUUUUAUGUGGCCAUAAAAGUAACAGACAACUACUGUACUAUUCAUUUAAAGUAAAGUUUGCUAAAAAGGGUUCCACUUUAUCUUUUUUUCGAGUGAGAAACAAAACUCGAGGAUACUACAUGUUAGAAGAUUAGUUUAAGAGAGAAUAAGAAAAAUACGACAAAUCUAAUCUUAUUGUUACAAAACUGACUUUUCUAUGAUCUUUUAGGCACUAAUGUUUAAUUUUAGUUGACUUAAUUUAUUUUUAAUAACUUCUAAACAAAUGAAAAACACUCAAUUUAUAUCCUUUAUUUUACAAACUACAAUAUCUAAUUUAUUUAUUACACCAAAUCUACUAAUUUAUCUAAUUACAAAUUCAAAAAUACCGCGCCCGUUACACGACGUUAAAGUACACCGACGGUUUCAAAUUCACAACUAACUUGCUAAUUCCAAAAACCCCUAUUUAUACAUUAUUACAAUAUUCCAGAAUAAGAAAGAUUAUUACGGAAGAAUUCAUCUUAUUCUAGAAUAACAAUCGAAGGGUUAUUUACAUAAAUAAUAUCAAAUAAGCAUUUUCUAGAAUGAAAAAGAAAUAUCGAGGUGUGUACCUGUUAAAAAGGUCCCCCUUUUAAAUGCAUUCACAAACACAUAAAUCAAAUUCAGCAAACAAAAAGGGUCUGUUAAAUUAUAAUAAAUAGGCCAGGAGCUGAAAACAGUCGGGUGACAAAAUUAUGUCACAUUAUAAAAUCCUAAUAUGACAAGUCAUGCAGUCUGUCCGGUAAGGUUUCGAUAUGUAAACAAAGAAUGACUUAUUUUGUUAUAUCUUUUUUAUACCAGCUCCAGAAUGAUUGAAUCCAAUUAGCUAAUUUCGAUUUUAAAACAUUUGUAGAAGUCCAAGGAAGGUUUAAAGGUGAGAAAAUGUGAUGAAAUCGUAAAGAAAAUACAAAAAACAACAAUUUUAUUGUCAUACACAUACUUAUAUUAUACUUCUUUAUAUUUACGUCACUAAAACUGCGGCUAACUUUGGGUCUAUUUACUUUUUUUACGUUUCUCGUGAAAUCAAUGCUUUUGGCACUUUGUUUGAUCUAAAUAUGGUAUUUAGAAUUCUUUCAUUAAAUUUGUAAUUACAUAUUAAAAAAACUUGAAUUUUCAGAGACUUUAUCAGAGAGAAAAUGUUUUUUUUAUUGUAAGGAAAGUUUUAAAAUUAUGUUUAAAUAUAAACAUAUUUUCUGUAUAUUAAUUUUCGAUAUUGUCAAAAAUAGAGAUAUUCUUGAGUAAGCAGCACAUUUUUUACACACUUCCUAUACAACUAAUAAAAUUUGAUAUCUGAUGGGAUAUUGUAAAGAUAUCUUCCUUAGACUUCUACAAAUAUUUCAAAAUCAAAAGUAGCCAAAUCAAUCAAGUCUUUCUCGAGUUAUAAAAUAAAUAAUUAUUUAAAAAAAAGGAGGGUAUCAGAUAAAAUUGGAAGGCGCCAGAAAAAAAUUUAGGGAAUCAGAAAAAAAUGGAGGGAGUCAGAACAGAUUAGAAGGAGAUACGAUAAAAUAGGAAGAUGUCACAAAAAGUUGAGUACAGCAAAAUCACUAGUGUGGUUAUAUCUCUCUUUAAAAUCAAUACACGCUAGAUAUCCAUUCCUGUCAGAAUUGUUUAGUCAUUACCAAAAAGAAAGGAAAAUUGUAAGAGAAAUUAAACAAUACCAAGUUGUUUUGUUUUAAUGGCAUGGACUAUAUUUUAUGUCAAUCAGCCAGUCACAACUAGCGUUACCAGGUGUCCCGAUUUGCGCGGGACGUCCCGAUUUUCAGGGGUCUGGGGACGCGUACCGAUUUGUACCUGAUCGGGACACUAAAUGUCCCGAUUUUCACCCACGAAAACCAAUUUCAGGAGGACUUGCAGUGAAUUUUAUAUAAAAACAAGGCACUCCUAAAAGCGGUAAAAUCGAAUGAAAAAUAUAAUUUUGAUAAAAAAUAAAUAAUUUACUUAAUCUACGAUAUUUUUUGUAAUUUCGUCUGAUUAUUAUUAUUAUUAUGUAGGAUUAAAUACAGAUUAUAGAAACACCUUGUAGUCCAGUAAAUGAACGGGAAAUACGGCGAUACCGUGUAAUUUUCAGGAUCAACUCCGAAUUGUAUGAAAAUUUGGACGGCUUGUGCCGUUGGUUGCUUUUACUCGGGGGGUGACAGUCACCCCUAGCUGGGGGUGAAAAACCGCGCGUUUAAAAUAAGUCCGGAGAUGCAUAAAUUGACUAAAUUCUAAGCAAUUUUAGUUCUAUAGAAUUUUAACUUAGUUAAUACUUUUCGAGUUAUUUACGAUUGAAAAUGUUUAUUUUUCGACAAAAAAAAUCACGUUUUCAGUCGAUUUUCACAAAUAACUCAAAAAGUAAGUAUUUUAUCGAAAAAACUGUUUUUUAGCAAAAAUGUAGCUUAGAAAAAAACAAAGAGAGCUGUGUAUUCGUAAAGUCUAUAGACCCAGCAAAAGCAAAUUUGUAGCUAAUGAAAAAUACGUUCCAUUCGUCAAAUUCCAAAUCAAAUAUUUCAACGUGAAAUAACCAAGAAAUUAAGCACUUUCUGGGAAAAACCAAUUAAAACUUUUUUAAUCAAGCUUUAUUUUAUUGUUUUAAAAAAGUUUCUAGCAUCAAAACUAAGUGAGUUAUGCUUAAAAUCAAGUUGACUCUUUUUUUGGUAAAAAAAAUGUGAAAAUCUCCCUCUACUUAGCACCCCAAAUGAAAUUAAUCGUUACCGCUUUACAAACAAUUUACUUUUCCUAUGUAUUUUUGACAUGAUUAAAAGGGCCUGAACGAGUCACUAAUCACGAGUGUAUGCAAAAUAUGAACAGCCAUAUUUGAACCAAUUUUUGAAAACCUACCUACUUUUUAAGUAAUUUUUGAAAAAAGGGCAUUUCAAAUAUUUUAGAAUUUCUUUUUUUACUAUAAAACCAAUUUCUUUCAAAACUAAGCACUCCCAAGAGGCAAACCUUACAGAUCGUAUAAAUUAUAAACAUAUAAAAUAAAUGGUAAAGCGGUAACGAUUAAUUUUAUUUACGGUGCUAAAUAGAAGGAGAUUUUCACCAUUUUUUUUACUAAAAAAGUAGCCAACUUUAUUUUGAGCGUAACUCGCUUAGUUUUAAUGUUAGAGACUUUUAUAUAAAACAAAAUUAAAGAUUUUUUUUAAACACUUUAAAAACUUUUAAUAUGUUUUGCCCGAAAAUUGCUUAAUUUUUUGGUUAUUUCAAGUUGAAAAAUUCGAUUUGGAAUUUGACGAAUAAGAACGUAUUUUUGAUGAGCUACAACUUUGCUUUUACUGGUUUUAUAGACUUUCUGAACAUACAAUUUUUUUGCUUUUUUAAAAGCUACAUUUUUGCUAAGAAUAUUUUUCGAUAAAAUUAUUCGAAAAGUAUUGACUUAGUUUAAAAAUUAUAUAGAACAAAAGUUUUUUAGAGUUAGUCAGUUGAUCCAUUUUGGAACUUACCUUAAACGCCCUUUUUUUCACCCCCGAGAAGGGGUAACUGUAACUGUCACCCCCCAAGUAAAAGCAACCAACGGUAUAAGUUCAUCUUUGAAGUAGACUUUAAGUGGAACCUAAAACCCCAGUUAGGGUUGUCCCGAUCUACAACCCUAAAUCCCGAUUUGUUUUUGCUUAUGUACCGAUUAAAAACAAAUCGGACCUGGCAACACUAGUCACAACGUGACUACUAUAUCACGAAGAAUAAACAAAGUUGUUACAUAUUGGCUGUAUUUAAAAUAAUAAAAAUUCGAAAUUUACCUUGGUCGUGUAAAAAUGUAGAUGCAUUUAUUUUUACAUUAACCUACCUAUAUACAAAGAAAAUAAAAAAAACACCCCACCCAAAGGCACUGUAGGAUUAUUCACAACACUACUAUUAAACACUGACAAGUUUUUAUUAUUUGUUAAAAAAAAUGCUUUGCCAAAUAUCUCCAUAGAAAAUUUCACCUUCUAUUAAUUUAAUUUGCUGUGACAGGUUACACAAUAAUAAUGUAAAAACUUGCAAUCAAUUGUGGGUUUGUUCAGCUAUACCCACUGUAAUUAAAGAUGUCCCAUCCUGCACUAACUUUUGUUUAUCUUCUACUAUUUCAUUGACUGCAUACUUGGCGAGAAUUACUGACACUACUUCACCUCCACUCCCAUAAGUAGGCAGGUGAACAUGUUACGGAAACCAUACAGGGUUUGGUAUCAAAAAUCCUGGAAACGGAAACCAUACUGGAAACCAUAUAGUCCAAGAGGCAGCGCUGAAAAAUUUUUCAUAGUUGAUUACUGUGAUUGUGUAGAGAAACAUACUGCGGUCGGUCAAGUGAAACGUAGA